GCUAUUUAAAGCACUCGUAUACAAUGAAAUCUCUACGGAGAAUUAUUCAAUUCUAACUUGGUAUCAGAGCUUUUUUUUCCUUCUCUUCUUCUAUCAUGGCUUCUCCGAAAUCAACCCCCUUCCACCCUGCUUUGACUGUUUCCAACAUCAAAAAUUUCAUUCCCAUUACGCUCGACAUGGAAAAUGUCGAGUAUUCUUCAUGGGCAGAACUUUUUAAAAUUACUCCUCGGGCAUACCAAGUUCUUGAUCACAUCUUCCCCUCUUCAGAUGAUGAUGAUGAUGAUUCCUCCACCACCAUGCCCGAUAGUCCUACUCCUGAGCAAAUUUUAAACAAGGCCGAAUCUCAGGCCCUAUGGACCCGUCUCGAUGCCAUUGUCCUUCAAUGGAUCUAUGGCACCAUCUCACAUGAGUUGCUCCAUACCAUCAUCGAACCGGAUUCCACCGCACAGGAGGCCUGGGACCGCAUCACCGACAUUUUUCAGGAUAACAAGCACACCCGUGCUGUUCAUCUCGAGAGCCAGUUCUCGAAUACCCGGCUUGAGGAUUUUCCUAAUGUUCUCUCCUACUGCAAAGCCCUCAAAACUCUGGCGACGAAACUGGCCAAUGUCGGAUCUCCCGUUAACAACGAUCGGUUGGUCCUUCGUAUGGUCAAUGGUUUAUCUGAAUCCUAUGAUACCAUCGCAUCUAUCAUUCAGCAAACCAAGCCUCUCCCUCUUUUUUUUAAUGCUCGGUCCAUGGUAGUACUAGAGGAAACCCGCAAAUCAUAUCAAGCUGGGACCCACUCGUCUGCUGCUGCCCUUAUCCACACAGCACCUGCUGCCCAGCCGAUGCCAGCUGUUCACCGUCCACCUCGUCCUCAAGGCUCUGGCCGUGGACGGUCAUCCCGCACUGGGCGCUCUAGACAGCCUGGCCCCAGCUCCGGCUCUCCUACACCUGCUGGCCCACAGCGCCCCUCUGGCCCAUGGAUGAUGCCACCCCCCUUGGCAGUAUUGGAUGCCGCAGCCCUGGGGUAUUCCCCCGUGUCCAUACCCGACUUUUCUAGGAGCCAAUAGCUAUACCCCACGCCCUUCUCCUACCGCGGGUAUUCUGGGUCCACAUCCCCACCAAGCCCAUGUUGGUUCCCACCAACCUACUGAUAUUGCUUCCGAUAUGCACACUAUGUCACUUACUCCCCCGGAUGACAACUGGUACAUGGAUACGGGUGCCACCUCUCAUAUGACGUCUACUCCAGGAUCUCCGAACGCGAAUACCCAUCAUGAGGUGUAACAGCUCCAGUGAUUUGUAUCCCGUGCGUCCAUCCGUCCCAUGUUUCAAGUCACCCAUAUUGUCUCUCCAUGCUGUGACCGGCGAUAUUUGGCAUAACCGGCUUGGUCACCCCGGCGAUCCUAUUUUUAGCAAACUUAGAGAAAAUAAAUUUAUUCAUUGUAAUAAAGCUUGUUCUAUUCAGUGUAUUUCUUGUCAAAUUGGUAAACAUAAUAAAUUGCCAUUUCGUCAUUCUAUGUCUUCUACUGUUUUGCCAUUUGAUAUAAU